AUGUCAUCUGGCAAGUACAUAGGGGAAGGGGUGAUCGAAUCACUUCAGAAGUACCAGGACAGAGGAUUGGACGAUUUGCUCACGUCGUUACGCGAUAACAUCACCAUCUCGGAGAUUGGAACAAUCGACACGGAAUCGGACGCUUUUGUGACCGGAUACGAUACGGUGGAUUUUAACCGGAAGAUUGAAUCGGAUCGGAAUAAGUUGGAAUCAAACGCUUCGGGCGAACGUGAAGGAUUGAACUCCAGCAUCGGUACGGACAAUAUUUCGGAGCUGAUGAGUGUACAGGAGUACAGUGGAUCGAAUCUUUCGCCGGUCAACAGUUCGCCGUCGUCGUCGGACAAGAUGCGUAUGAACGGGAGUGAUAUCUAUCGGAGUCUGAAGGAUAGGUUGCGUUCGUCCUUUCGGAAGAGCAAAAGGUUCAUCAAGAAUGAGCAUCGAAAGAUUGCGAAUCUGUUCGACGAGAAGUCCAAUGUGAAGCGAGAGGACGGUAACCGAGUGGCGUUUAAUUUGGGCGAUUAUCAGCGAAAGUACGAGAGUGAGGUUGAUGCUGAGGAGAUCUAUCAAUCGCUGAGUAAUGCUGGGUCGUUGACGGAAUUAAACAAUCAGUUCCUGGCGGAGUUGGUCAAUCAGAUUAAGACUCAGUGCGAUUUGAAGAAACAGCUGAAGCAAGCGCUGGCGGUUUGUCGAAAUACGAGGGAGUUUGAGUGCUCCUCGGAAUUGAUCGAAGCCGAACGGUUGAUGUUGCUUUCCACCCUGAAGGAGACCGCCGCUAGGAACGAGCUCAGCAAGAUCGACUACAACGGAAACGAAAAGCUGUUGAGCGAUAGUAAGAAAGUCGGCGUUGUAGCUUUGAAUCAUUUCGAGUUUCCGUUGAAGGAAACUGCCAUGAAUGAUAUGCUGUUCAACUACUUUUACCUGAUCGUGUGCUCGUACAAGAACCAGGUAAAGGCAACUCUGGCCAAGGAACGCUACGAGGACCGGGUGUGCUUUCGAAACUGCGAGAUCAAAUUUCACGACCUGGAUGCUGACUACGAAAUCCGGGUAGAAGUCUACGUGCUGCGGCUGCGAAAGAAUGCCCGGAACUACAGCUUCGAGAGCAAAUAUCAUUUGAACAAGGACAACAAAACCCUGUUCGACUCACUUCCAAGUCCGGCAAAGCUUCGCAAUCCGGCCAAAUUACUCACGCCUCGCUCCAGCUCCCCGAAAAACUUCGACUUCGAUAACGAAUUUUCUCGCUUCAAGUCGCAAGGAUACAUCACACUGAAUUCCUCCCACCUGCUUCCAACGAGCAGCCACACCCAACACCCGUUGGCCAACGAUCAGCUUCUGGAAAGCUGCCACCAUUCGCCGUACUACUCGGCUUCGAGUAACUUCCAGCAGAUGGUGCGCAAACAGGGCGACCACAACAUCUACCUGGUGGAGGAUUUCAAGUAUCUGCAGCUGGACUCGACGGUGUACAACUCGAAUCUGCUGGGCGGCAUCGGGAUGAGUUUUAAGAGUGAGGUGCUCUUCAUGAACUCGGACAUCAGCGGGUUUCUGACGGUGGGCGACAUUCGGAACGAAAGGAUCGACUGGAGCCGGAAGUGGUGCAAGGUGAAUGGAUUUGUGUUGGAAUUUUGGAACUACCCACAGGAAUGUCAAGAGAAGCUCCCCACUCUCCAAAUCGAUCUGACCAAGUGCAUCAGCGAACAAGUUAAUCUUGCAGAUCGGGCGAUCUGCUCGCGACCUCGCACACUACAGGUGGAAGUAAUCGCCAAGGGAAUCAACAGCUGCAGUAGCAGCGGAAUCAGCAGCUACAAAGAUUCCGAUUCACAUCGAAAUACCGAUCAACAGCAGUCUCAGCAACCGCCCCGCUCCCCAUCGCAGUCCCAUCAAUCGGAACAAACCAGAAACUAUCUGCUCUCGGUGGAUACACCGAACGAGCUCAAAAUGUGGCUCAACGAGCUGAAUCGCGUUGUUAAGUUUUUAAAGGAAUGGAAAAUCUAGAUUCGUAAGUUUUACCACGGGAUCGACACACGUGUGCAAUAUAUGAUUUGUUAUGAUGGUAGCUUUUUGUCCCUUCAUCGAAGGGAGUUUAGUCGUAGGUCUUAAACAAUAGAAACCGCACUGAGAAGCAGGAGAGUGAAUCUCAUCAAAGUUGUUUAAUAGCAAGUGCCUUCAUCCUAACGAAAGAUUUCAGAUCAUAGUUUUAAACGUCGGACAACUCGAUUCUGUACAUAAUCUAGGUAGAUUUUAAUAUAUGGUAAUUGUACUACAUUCCACCGGAACAGCCUGCGAAUAAUCGUUUCACUAUCAUUCCACCUGUACACUAAAUUGUAAUAUACAAAAGACUUAAACUGAGAACAAUAAUAGCAGCUAUGUACUAGCACAAAAUAGAUCAUAAAACAAUUAGCAUAUUUCAAUACACGCCACGAAUUCAACGAAAGAACAACCAGGAAAGACUUACAAAAAUCACACACUAAUCCCAACUCAAUCGAAAUGAUCUCAAUUGGAGGAUUAAUUCUCAUACCACCACUCAUAGGUUAUUCUACUGUAUAAGCUUUAGGUAGCUACACAAUGUGAGACGGUAAAUUGUGCACGUUUUUUUUUUGUUUAUGGGCAAUCACUUACAAGAUAGUUGUAAAAGUACUUUCGGUCGUUGAGGCUAGAAACUUGGUAAGUUGAUGAUAGAGAUGAAUGUCUAUAGGAAAUGCGCAUAUUUUAGGUGAAUCAGGAAAUUGAAGAAAAUGAAUCGAAUGUCCGGAAUCUA